GUCCGUUUCUCUCUGCUAUUCGGCUUCGAUCUCUCUCUUCACUUUUUCAAUUGUCGUCUUUCUCUUCAGGCAUGCCAAUUGUGGCAUCGUGAUCUCAACAUCAACACCGAGUUGGUGUUGCAACUUGCCUCCAGCUUGGAGCCUUCGCUCCAUAAGCUACAAUGGACGAAAACCUAAAGAAAGAAUACGAGGCAAAGGCCCAGAAAGUUCGAACAGACCUCAAGCAAUGGGAGGCAGAAUGGGCAAAGACACAUGACGGCAAGAAGCCGGGGAGAGAAGACAUCAAGAACAACCCCGUCAUAGCCCAAAAGUACAAAGACUACAACAAGCUCCGCGAUAUUAUAGCCAGCAAGCUGGUCCCCCCUGCAGACACCUCGACGACGACGACGACGAAACAGAAGCACGAAAAGCGCAAGUCAGAAGCCGCGCCGGCAGGCACCCCCAUGAAGCGAGCGAAACACGCAGAGACUCCCUCGAAGCGAAUGGCGCCUCCAAGCGGCGGCGGCGGCGGCGACGUCGAGUACAUGAACAGCCCGGCCGUCUCCCGAAAACUAUUCAGCCCGACACCCAUAACGUCCAUCGGCCCAACGCCUCAGCGCGACGGCAAAGUCCUUGGCCUGUUCGACCUGCUGGUGGAGCGGGAGUUCAAAAGCCCGCUGAAGGGAGCCGCGAGGAGUAGUCGCCCUGCCGGUGCCCACGCGACGCCCAGCAAGCGCAGAGGCAGCCUGGCCGAAGACGCUGCGGCCAACCUCGGCCGUACGCCAAGCUCCGCGGGCAAACGAAAGCUCUUUUCAACCCCGAUGAAGAAGAGAGAUGGGCAGAACACGGCCGCAACGCCAUCCUCCGUGUCCAAGCUGCAGUUUGACACUCCCGCGUUUCUCAAGAGGCACUCUCUCCCGACGCUAGACGAAAACACCACGUUCGAUGCUCCGCCGCUGAGGUUACCGCGGAAGCCUCUUGUUCGCGGCUUGAGCGAGAUUGUUGCCAGUCUUCGAAAAGUCGAGGAAGAACAGCUGGACGAAGAUCUCGAAGCACUACGAGAGGUCGAAGCCGAAGCCGAGGCCGCAUCUGGAGGCCCACCGCCUCAGCAGCCACCCGGCACCAAGGUGCGAAACCCAGAGCCAAAGCAGGGCAUACUGGAGCCGGACAGCCAAGCAAAACAGCUGCCACUGGGAGGAUUCGACGACGAAGGCAUGUACGACAGCCCCACAGAAGAAGCUGUAGACCGCGACGGGCGGCCGAUGAGGAUAUUCAAGAAGAAGGGACAGAAGCGGACGACACGGCGCGUCAACAUGCGGCCGGUCCGAACCAAGAGGCCAACAAACCUAGCCGAAGAUCAUAAAAACGGAGAUGACGAUACUACCCCGGGCGACGAGGCCAGAGCGAAGAAGCCGCCCGCCAAGCCAGAAGGAGGAGUGGUGAAGAAGGCGGCCCGCAAGGUCAACCAGCUUGCGCACGCAAACUUCCACAGGCUGAAGCUGCGGAACCAUGGCGCAAAAGGGGGCCCGGGCCAUAACAGCCGGUUCCGAAGGAGGAGAUAG